AUGAGCAGUGAACCAGUUGACUCAAACAGACAGAAAUUGUAAGCUUUUUUAUUUUAUUAAUAAGGGAAACAUCCCCAACUUGUAAGUUCAGAAAGACAAAGGAGAAAAGUAACAUGAAACAAUCGAUCAGAAAUUCAGAGAACCUGAAGAUAAGUAAAAAUCGAAAAAAGAAAGUAAGAAGCUUGAAGUUGAAAUAAUUACGAAGGGGAGUUCAGGAAGGAUCUCUGGAAACGGAACCGACGGUGGGACAAGAGCCGAGAAGUCAAGAAAGCGUUGGUUUUUCGAUGAAUUUCAUUCACCACGGCUUGAUACAGUCUGACCUGUCUGCGUUUUCUUUUCUCCCAACGGAGUGGUCAUAGAAAAAAGAAAAUGAACUCGCCAAGUGAAGAGAGCACAAAGAAAUCAGAAUAUUUUGAGCUGUGGCGUAUGAGGUAUAACGAGUUUUCUCAGUUCAAUUAACGACACAAAAAUUGAGAUUGGUCCAAGUCGAAACUAAAAGCAAAACUAACUGGUCACGGCCCAAGUUUCUUUCUAAGGAGUCGAGCCGAAAUGGUUUUACAGAGUUCCUCGUAUGCCUAACGUUUAAAAUCACAGACCUGCGAGGCUGUAUAGUAGUUUGGCUGCCUUUUUAUUGCAAAUCUUGAAGCUCAUAACCUUUUCUUAGACGUCUUCAGCAAUUUUUGAGCACAGAUUCUUCAUAUGCGUAAAAAACUGUCUCUAUUAUCGCGUUGAAAAAUCCCAAUUUAGCCAUGGUUAGUUCAAAAAAAGUUUUUCAGUAACUGUUCACUUAUGACUAUCCAAACGCCCAAAAAAAAAAGCGCUUUCGAAUCAACCAAAAAUUUAUUUUUGUUGAAGGUUGAAGGGAACCCAACUACACAGAUGUUGAAGACGAAGGUCUGGUUUUAUAGAUGACUUAUAAUUUGAAAAAAAAAAAGAUUUAGACUCAUUCACCGGUAAACCCACUCGUAUCGAAAAGACCACCUCCAAGAGGAUCGAGGGAAGAAGUUUCGACAGCACGGGAGAAAGUCCAGCUGAAAUCUAGAGAGGAGCCAUCGAAGCCGCUAUCUCCGAUGAUGGGAACACCCAAAAAUCUUUCAAAGGAACAAAUGCCGUCAGCGAAAAUGUCGACAGAAGUCUUCUCGGCAGGACUACCGCCUGUAGAAGAAGCUUCGACGGCGUCGACACUGGCGCCACUGGCGCCAGGAGCCUUGGAUCACUGCGCCGAGAAAGCUCGCAAGUUCGUCGACUGGGCUCUGCAAACGAGUUCGUUUUUUAAAUUUUUCGGAGUCGGAUGACUGAAAAUUGGACUCGAUUAGUGGGACUACUGAAUGUGACGAAUCGAUUUUUAAUCAAAAUAUAGAAAUGAAUCCAAAUGAACCUAAAAAAACCUCUUGAGAAAACUAUUUCAAAAAAAGAUAGAAUUUACAAAAUUAACAAGAAAAGUUUGUAUUCUGGAUUUCAUUUGAAAUAAUAUUUAGUUUGAUUUCAUUUGAAAUAAUAUUUAGUUUGAUUUCAUUUGAAAUAAUAUUUAGUUUGAAAAAAAUCCUUGUAUAUGUGAGAACCUUCAGAAACAUAUUUUUAAGCGUCAAUCGCCGAUGAAAAUUUUAAAAAGAAUUGAAAGAGAAAAAUUUGAUUUUUUUUUUCCUCGAGCUCUUUGCUGGAUAGUAUGUGUGGUCCUUUCAAAGGAUGAACUGAAAAAUCGCAGCUCCAAAAACAUACUUUCUUUUUGACCGCGGCCUGAGCAUGGUUUUGUAAAGACUUGGCUCGAACUUUUUAAGAUGCGGCUGGCGGCGGCCUCAGCAGACUUUUCGCCGGGAGUCUAGAAGGAUAUACGCCGCCUGCUGAACUGCAAGCGUCUGACGCCUUUAACUCUAUUACAAACAAAGCCAAGAAUCGUUACCCGGUAUUUUCAAAAAAAAUGUUUGCAUUUUUGAAACUUUUCCAUAGCAAGUGGUUUGCUUUGACCGUACCCGCGUCCGACUUCCAACCAAUGAGAAGUUUCCAUCAAACUACAUUCACGCCAACCACGUGAAAUUCAAAAAUUGCGAUCGAACUUUUAUCGCCACUCAAGUCAGUUUCUUUGAAUAAACUGGAAUUGUCUGAAUGAAGUUGCCUACUGCGGAAACUUGCGUCGAUUUUUGGCGGAUGGUGGUGAGUCAAGAAGUGAACACUAUAAUCGCUCUUUUCGACCCGAAUGGUGAGGCCGUAAGUCUGUUAGAAUCUACUCUACGUCAGCUUAUUUUUAAGGAUGUUCCGAUGAAAGCCACACCAGUGACGCCUCUCCAACCGAGCACUCCGAAGCCGUCUAAAUUUGGCUUGAUUUCCAGAUUUUUAAAGGGAAAAACCAAGAAAUCUGAGCAGCAAAAAGAGGCCGCCGACGUCAAUCCUUCUGUGAGUUGUUUUUUUCUUUCUUAUUUUUUCACCUGAUAUCAGAAGUUGCUGGCUACGCCUGGCUAUUGGCCACUGAAAAAGAACGAUUACAAAAACGACGGACCUUUCUUCAUCAACAACCGAAAGGUGGAACCGCCCAACAAGAGGUUUCCGGACGCCCCUACGAUUUAUACUAUUGAGGUGAACUAGCAGACUGUAGGUCAAAAAAACAAAUUUCAUUUUUUUUUUUCAAUAAUGUAGCCUUCAAUACGUUUCGAGGCGUAAGAAUGUCGGGUCAUAAAUUUUUUUAGUUACCAUAUUCCAUUCCAAUCUGCUUUCAAUUUUUUUUUUUCUAAGUCUUUAGGAUUAUCCGAUUAUUGACCCAAAAUCUACUUGAUAUCAGCCGGCGAAAAGUCGCUUUUCAGUCGUCUCCGAAUUCCGCUAUGAAAUGCUGUUAGAAAAAAAAAAACGCAAAAGAAAAGAAUAUUUUCACCACGAUUGCAAAAAUAAAUUGUCGAAAAAAAUUUUUUCUGACGAUUUGGGCACUCCUAUGACGACCUUUUUCAGAUUGUGGAAGAAAGUUGCGCGGAUGCCACAUUUGUCAAACUGUUUAACUACACUGGGUGGAGUAAGAAAAAAAUCUCGGAGAGCACGCCUGGCUUGGUCAGACUCAUCCAGCAGAUGGUCAAGGUCGGCCGACUUCUUCUUAUUUUAUUCUCUCUAGCAUCUCUCAGACCGAUCCACUGCAAAAAGGAAGAAUAAUUGUGCAGUGUGACGAUGGCAUCAACCGAAGCUCCGUCUUCAUUUUGAGCUUCCUCAUCAUGAACCGUAUUUACAAAAGUUUGGAUGUUGACGUAGCUCACCUCCAGCAAAACAGAUUAUGCCUCUUCUUUUGGCAGGUUAUCGAAGUUUGCCGCGAAAUGAGAAAUCAACGGGCGUCAAGUCUACAAUACCGAUUCCAUUUUCUUCACAUGAUCUACACAGUACUAUACUACAUCAAGGCAUUUUUAGGCAAUCUCGUUGAUUCAACCGUUGUUUUCAGGAGUGCGGUGUGUAUAACGAAGUACAAAUUCGUGACCUCAUGAGUAACUUGGAGAAAGUAAAUUUUGAACCUGCAUAAAGUUUACCUCUUUGAAGUUUCAAAAAAACAACUUGAACUUUUUUUAACUUUAUUAAUUUUACUAUGAUUUGGACUAUUGAAAAAAAAAAAGCUCUGAAAAAAAGAAGUUUUCAGGAGUUAAUGAUGUUACAAAGCACAGAGAAACAAGCGAUACGAGCAGAAAAAAACCGCCCAAAAGAUAACUCUACUUCUAAUUAUUUACUUCUUUUUUUGAUGAACGAAAUAAAUAAUUUUUAAAUUUUUUUGUUCUUAUGUUGAGUUUUUUUUUUUGCAAAAAAACGCAUGCUUUUGUCUGCUAGCAGUGAGCAAACUUCUUUUCUUGUUUCAAUUUUUUCCAAUUUCUGACUGUGCGAAAAGAAAUGAGUGACCUUCUCACAAAGGUAACUUCUUCAGGAUCUUGGAUUCAAGAUCCUAAUUCCGUGUUCAAAGUAAUUUCAGCGAAAUACAAAAUGAACUCCGACUCUCUAAAAUUUAGUUAUACACUUUGAACACGGCAUGAAAGACCUCGUUGGAAUUCUCUUAUAUAUUUAUUUAAUUCCCGGGUAUGGUGUUGUAGUUUGUCACGUGUAUGCAGUGGUCCGCAAAUGAGCGUGUGUGUAAGAUUUUUUUAUUUUAAAAAUUUUAUCUUCUUUUCCCCCACCCAACAUAAUUGCCGAUAUCGCAGCGGGCCGCACGCGAUAUAGCCAAGGCUUCUCGCUGCGAUCUCGUCAAAGUGUCGCUGCGACCUCGUCAAAGUCUCGCUGCCAUAUCGCUCCCUCUCAAAAAUAUGAAAUUUGAAAAAAACAUUUUUUUGCUUUAUUUUUUUGACUUUUUAUGAUGAAAUCAAUCAAAUUCAAGAAAAAAACAUUUUUUUGAAAAAAACAUUUUUUUCAGAGAGCAAUAUAGCGCAAGACGUUUGCGAGGUCGCAGCGAGAGACGAGCGAUAUCGCUCGCGGCUCCCCCGCGGUAUAGCGUUACUCUCGCUGCGAUAUAGUCCACAAAAUUGGGUGCCUGCGCUUCAUUUCUUGUUAUUCGUUUUUUUUCAUGACGAUAAGUUCGCUUUUUAUGUGGAUUUCUUCUACUAAAUUUUCUCAAUUCUCGUUUUUGUCUCUUUAUCCAGACAGAAUAAAAAAUAAUUUCAGACAACGAUAUGGCAGGUUACGCUUUGAAGCGGCUUAUGACUGAAUAUAAAGGUUAGAAUUUUUAUCUUGAAUUAUUUCCUUUUUUCUGAAAUAGUGUAAGGGGAGCGCGUGGUUCUUAUAGCGGUUCAAGACCUCUCUUAAGAGCGAAUUUCUAACAUCUUUGAAGUUGAUAAGGUAUUAAAACGGUAUGAAAUCAAAAAAUUAAGUAUUGAAUUUUUUUCCAAAUAACGUAAAAUUUCAAUACCCUCUCGAAUUUUAGAGCUUACUACUCGACCUCCGGAAGGCAUUAUCGCGGCGCCAAUCGAUGAAGACAACUUCUUCGAGUGGGAAUGUUUGAUAACGGGUCCGGAAGACACUUGCUUUGCCAAUGGAGUGUUUCCAGCUCGCAUAUCCUUCCCACAAGAUUAUCCACUCAGCCCACCAAAGAUGAGGUUUUUUUUUUGCGACGUCAUCCAAGUUUCAAUGAAAUAAACGAUUCCUAAGAUUCACUUGCGAUCUGUUUCACCCGAAUAUUUAUAACGAUGGCCGCGUUUGCAUAUCCAUUCUUCACGCUCCUGGAGAUGAUCCGACAGGUUACGAGUCCUCUUCUGAAAGGUUUGUUCAUUGGCUUUGUUCCCAUUGUUUUUCUCUUUCAGGUGGAGUCCAGUUCAGUCGAUUGAAAAGAUUCUACUGAGUGUAGUGAGCAUGUUAGCGGGUAGGUGAUCCUAUUAAUUUAAUAUAAUUCUCAAUGAUUUGAAGAACCAAAUGACGAAUCUCCAGCAAAUGUGAAUGCAGCAAAGAUGUGGCGAGAAGAUCGGACUCAAUUCGAGAAAAUUGCUGACGCUUUAGUUCGAAAAAAACACUUUGCCUCCCAGCUUCCGACGUCUGAGAAAAAAAGCCAAAAAAAUCAACAUAUAUAUAUAUAUUUAUAUUUACAUUCCUCCAGCCUGUAUUAUUAUUUCUGUCUGAUAUUUAUGACUUUAUCUUAAAUAAAUUCUAAAAUGAACUGUUUCCAAUGACCAACCGGGAUAAAAUCCUCAUAAACAUUGCAGAAGCGUGAUUUUUUUACGAAAAAAAUUUCAUAAUAUCUAACGGAGCAUUCUCAAAUGCCUUAAUGCCGCUUAUAAAUCGCAAUAUUUUCUGAAAUCAUUCGAAAGAACUUGAAAGUCCUUUACCAGCCCAUGCAAGUUCUUUCAGAGCUUUCAGUUACUUUGAGUAGAAUCCUUUUGCGUUUUAAAUAUAUAAAUAAGUUUUCUGAUAGAGAAUAAAUUUAAUAACUGUUAAAAAUCGCUCGGAUUGUAACGCGAAACGGACGUGUUUCGGACUUUUCUGGGCGAUUCUAUAGUCUAUUCCGCGCCAGCUUGUUACGUUUUUCUUUCCGCCAAAAAAGACCGUAUACCAAAUUAGAUCAAAUUUCUGCGUUUAUAACGGAAAGAAACAAAGGUUUUGAAGCGAAGAUUGGUCAAAUUUGACCUGGCCUUUUGGCGGAAAGAAAAACGUGAGAAGCUGCCGCGAAAUGGCCUAUAGGGAUCAUUUAAGAGUGCUGACGCUACCAAAGUUUUCACUAGAAAUGCCCUGACACGUCCGAUUCGCGUCCAUGUUGCGUUACCAAUGUCCGAGAUAUAUAUACUAUAUAUUUAUAUAGUUUGUUUCAUUGAAUUUGAAUACGAAAAAAAUAAGAAAAAAAGUAUAAGUUUUUGCUAGGGAAAAAAACUGCUCCGUCGCACGACGUUCGUAAAUGAGUCUCACAACGAAACCUGCCUCUUCCCCAGCAGUCCUAAAAAUCCGUUUUGUAUUUUUAUUUUAUUUUAUUGUAUUUUUUUCUGUUAAAGUUCGUUUAUUUCGUUAGAUAUUGGAUGGAAUAUGUUUAUUAUAUCAUCUAUUGCCGAAAUUGUGUAACUUCUAUUUCCGAAAAAAAUUUUUUUAGGGAUUUUUUAAAAUAAUUACAAUUUUUUUCUCCAACUUUCAUUUUUUUUUCCUUUUUAUUGUUUCUGAUGUUUCAUUUUUUUAGUGUGUGAUAAUAUCUUUAAUUAUCGUCCGGUGAAUAGUUAGAUUUUUUUUUUAGAUUCAUAAUUGUCAAAUAUUUAAUAAUUCAGCCCGGUUUAUGGGUCUCUAUUUCAUUACGUACACAUUCUGUUUUAAAAUUCUUUAAUUAUGCUUGAAAAAUACAGGUUUUUUUUAAGGUAAAAUGGCUCCUCCGAAGCAGGACAGAAAAUCGCGAAGCACCAUCAACGAGGUUGUUACGCGCGAGUUCACCAUCCACCUUCACGCCAAAAUCAAGGGAAUGUGAGUUUUUUUUGCAUUUCGCAUUUUGCUCCAAGAAGUUUGUAAUUCCAGUUCACUUAUCCUUUGUAGAUGCCGUGUUCUAAGUUAUUUUUCCAAAUAUUGAAACUGUGUCUAACUACUCCAAAUUUAGUUAUAUUUUUCACUCUGACAGCUGUUUAAUUUCGCGGAAUAGCUUUGAACACGACAGUACCUCUUUGGACACGUAUACCAAUAACUCGGGCAAAACUGAAAAGCUCCCCAAAAGCUUUUCUCAAAAAAAGACCUUGAAAGGGUCCACAGCAGAUCUUUUUUACAUCAUUUCAAUUCUUUUUUGCAUCUUUUUCACAUCCUCUGACAAAAAGGAUGCUGGAAAGCAACUAAAAAGAUCCGAGAGGAUUCAAAAAGGAUCCUCUGAGGCUAUGAAAAAGGUACUCAAAAGCUUUUUUACAUCAUUUUAGGAGCUUUUAGAGGAAGCUUUUUAUCUCCCUCUCAGGAUCCUUUAAGGAUCUUCAAAGGAAUUUUUCAGUUUUACCUAUGAAUUGAUAUUUACUUCUCCAACCCAUGCUUUCAAGCGAAUAUAUGUCGAGGUAACUAUAGUAGUUAAAUCUCGAUGAGUACACAAGUUUAGUUCUGUACUUUGAAAACGUUCUGAAAAAAUUAAUACGAUCGAUUUAUGAAGUGCGCGCCAUAAAUUGCUUUUUUCUCGUCAAUCGGAAAGAAAUUUCAUAGCUCUUUUUUGUUUAAGUCAACUUGUAAAAAGAAAAUGAAGGCUAAUGUUUUUUAAAUUGUCGACUUUCAUUUUGAAGUACAAUAUAUUCGAUGUCUUGAUGAUUUUUGAGGAAAGCUUUUUUUCAUAUCUUUAGUCGAUUUUCAUUUCUGAAUGAAUAACAUUAAUGAAUACGUUUUUUAAAGCGCUCGUUUUUUUUUUUCCAAAGCUGCAAAGGUUGAGUUUUUUUGCACUUUACGUUCGUAGAGAGAAAAAUAUUUUUUUCUAGCUAAAAAAAGAAAAAGAUCUCAAAGGUUUUUUUCCAACUGAAUUUUUUUAAAAAAAUAAAUAGAGCGCAUUUCACCCUAUUGCGACCGGACGGUUUGAAAAUUUUUUUCAUUUCUCAGGCACUGGUGCGCGCACGCGGGGGUUCUGAUUCUUUUUGGUCUUUUCCAUUAAAAAUACAGUUUUUGAAAUAUUUUUUUAUAUUUUUUUGUAAUACUAGCCAGUGCUCCUGCUCACGUUUAAAAGUUGCUCCGAGUACUUUCGAACAAAUUUAUGAAAAAGUAUACUCAAUUGAAAUUUUGGUAUUUCAAAUUUUUGUGCGUUCUAAUUGUUGUAAAUUGGAGCAGAGAGAAGAACAGACAUAAAAAUGAUUUAAUUUAUAACUUUUAAUCAGUUAAAAAGCUUUAAAAAAUCAAAGAGACACCCCGCGCCUGCGCGCAGCAGGCGGUGCGCACGCGCACUUUCGCAGGCAACAAACACGCGCCGUCAGUGCCUGAGAUUAUAAGCCAUCAAUACCUCAUGAAUUUUUUUUUUUCCUGAUAAAAUUCUUUCAACCCAAAAAUAUUAGGAAGCUUAAAAAUAAUAAUAUUUAUUUCAUUCAUCAGGGCGGGGCGCCCCGUCAGCAGCACGCCGUGUUCUUUCAGGCAAAAUAUUGUAUUUCUCACACACAAGUACUAAAAUUUACGAAGUAGGUGCAGGGAAAAUUUUUUCAAAGUAGUUUCCGCGAAAUGCAAAAUAAUCUCUAACUCUCUGAAAUUUAGCUAUUUUUUUCUUUGUCCUAUGCCGUGUUCAAAAUAAUUUCGGCGAUUUCAAAUCAGACGCGUUAUUUGUUUAAAAUGAUUUCGGGAAGUAAGCAUAAAUGGUAUUCCCGGGAGGCGCAGAAGAUUUUGGUAUUUCCCGGAAGGCGUAGAUGUAGGAAAACAUUUUUCAAAGUAAUUUACGCUAAAUGCAAACCUAUCUCUGACUCUCCGAAGUUCAGUUGUCUUCUACUUUCUCUGGCUGUUAUUUUAGAUUCUGCGGAAUCAGUUUGAACACAGAAUAAAAAAUGCUCAAGUAAUUCCAAAAUUUUGAGUUCGCGCGCAGAAGUUACAGUAAAAAAUGCAUAUUUUGUGAUAUUUCGUUGCAUUUUUUGUGUCCUUUUCGGGAAUAUCAUUUCGGCCUGUUUCCCGAAAUCAUUUUUAACGAAUAACGCGUCUGUUUUGAAAUCGCCGAAAUUACUUUGAACACGGCAUAACGACUGUUUUGCAUUUCGUGGAAUCAAUUGAACACGGUAUAAAAUAAAUUGAAAACUUUUUCAUUCAUGCUCAAUUUCGAGUGAAUUUUUUUCAGUGGUGCCAAGAAACGUGCUCCAAGAGCCAUCGCAGCCAUCAGAAAGUUCGCCAAGGCCCAGAUGAACACCGAUGAUGUUCGCGUUGACACCAAGCUGAACAAAUACAUCUGGUCCAAGGGAAUCAAGUGAGUCGAAGUUAAUUUUUUUAAAGUAAGGUGUAUUCCGAUUCGUCUUAAAAAGUGAAUUUUGUAAGGAAAAGACUGCUACAACUUUUAGUGUAACCUUCCUGUUGACCAAGUUUUUUUUAACCUCGAACGUAGGAAAGAGUAGCACCAUACCUUAUUUAUUCUGAAAAAAUCUAAAUUUCGCGGAAUUAAAAUAUUUUUACAGGAACGUUCCUGUGCGAGUUCGCGUUCGCCUGUCUCGCCGCCGCAAUGAAGAUGAGGACUCUGUUCACAAGCUUUACACCCUGUGCACAUAUGUUCCUUGCACUUCCUACAAAGGCCUCACGAAUGUCAACGUUGACAGUGAAGAGUAAUUUUUGUUAUAAAUAAAUUGUUAUGUUUUUUGAAGUCUACCAGCAUUACAUGUUGUCAAGGUCCUUAUGUAUGUUAAAAUGUCUUCGAAGAGUUCUUUCGAUAUUUCUCAAAAAACCUGUAACAUUGCAGAUUUUGUUAUUUCAACGUUUAUAAGAGAAGAUAGAAAUAUUUUUACUCUUUAUUUCAGAAGUUGAGAUUACCUCAAAGUUGUUUCGCGGAUGUCUUAGUCGAGGUUUCUUUCGCUAUCUUUUAUUGAAUCGUAUUUUACUUUGUACAGAUGAGAUUAUAUUUGGCCAAUGAUGGUCUUAUUUUACAAGAAGGCUGUAGGGCAGUGAAAUGUCAUCGGUCUAGUGGAACAUUCUCCAAAUUUGAGGGAGAUGUCGACGGUAACGUACGAGCUUUUUUAUUAGUACUGAUUGGAUCAGGUCUUCAUCAAAUAGCUUCUUAUUGUGGGGAAGUGAAAUGUCUGAUCGGAAUCUUGCAAAUUGGCGCUGAUAAAGUUCUCUUCUUCGUUCUCGAAAGUUCAACAGCUGCGUUUUUUCACGACUCGAGGCUGAAAGUUUGCAAUUAAUAGUUCAAUGUUUUCCCGAAUUUUUCAAGGAGAAAUGUCCGAUUGAACGUGUAGACCGGGUGAUUGGGAUUGGGCUCAACAGUACCGAUGUGAACUCGGUCAAGUCGCAGCUGAGGCCGACGGCGAACAAGUUGAAGCACAAUACGGAGAAGUUCUUCAGGUUCCUCCAAGACAAGAUUGGAAGUUCGUUUUGCAUCCAUUUCUUCUGAGCUUAAAACGAUUUAUCUGUACAGCCAACGAUCCUGGAAUCCUGUCUGAUGUUCUGCGACUGUUCAAUGACUCCAAGGACUUUUACUUUUGCCCAAAAAGGGACAUAACUCUAUCGGCCCAAAGGUUUUUUUCUUUUUGAUUGCUUCUUUGAGAUUAUCUGGCGAAUUCGAAGAUAUUUCACUGCUUCAUCGACCACGGAAGAUUCCUUUUUCUGGAAUCGUUACAUGGUCGAAGGAUUAUUUGAUGAUAUCGAAGAUAAUAAAAAAUGGUUCGAAAAAAGUUUUCCUCUCAAGCGAUAACUUUCUUUCUAACUCCAGGGCGUGUCCUCUGAUACAAGGAUUCGUUGCAACGGCCAAUUUGGAUAUUGUUGAUCAGGUAUUGUUAGUUAAAACUUCUUUGCUGGGGUUUUUGAAAGAGAUAAAAAGGUUUUUUUUCGAAAAGAGCUUUUUCAGUGAUUUUCACGGUCCUUAAAGACUUUCGCAUCUUCAAAACUUCAACAAGGUUUUCAACAAAAUAUCAUUUCUAAUCCUAUAAAAAAAAAGAAACAAUAUUUUUCUCGUUCAGAUUGGAUAGCAUUUAUAAAGAAAAAUCGAAAUCGUAGGAAAAAAAAAAAUGAUUAAGGUGAACACAUCUUUGACGAUAACGAUCAUAUCACGACGCUCUACCCACCGGUCCGGAACUCGUUAUCUCCGGAGGUGGCUUUUUGAUAAAUUGUAAAAUAUAUUCUUCUUUGAUUUAGAGGAAUCGAUGAAAAAAAGCUUUUCGUUGCCAAUUUCGUUGAGACCGAGGUCUUGCUCAACAUUUUUCGACCAUGAGCUCUCUUUUUGUGCAGGUUAAUUAGAAUUUCAAUAUAAUCGUUGUUUUUCUUCAUGAACAAAAAAACAUGAGUGAUACUAAAAAAAAUGUUCUAUUAUUGGGAUGAGCAACCUCCGUUAGAUCCGUAUCAAUUUUUUUCAUGAUUUAUUGGCGGAAAUUGUGAGGAUAUAUACUAUUAAAAGGAUAUAUACGGUCAAGACAUUUUAUUUUAGUUUAGAUCACUGUUUCUUCGUCACGAAACACAAUUUUUGUGGAAAGGUAUCAUUAUAUUAGAAGAGACUGCAAUUGUGAGCAGAAGUUUUUCAAGUUAUUGAAAUGUAUAUAAUAUUAAGACAAUAAGUGUGAUUCAGACGAUUAAAAUUUGAGAUUCUGUUUCACCAGAUCCGAGGGUCGGCGCCGAUGUUCUGGUCACAGCGAGGCAUGCGAUAUCGCCCGCCGUUAAGCCUGGAUCGCUCUGUCGAGCAGACCCAGCCAUUCUUCGAGCAACACUUUGGCCAGCUUUUCAAGCACUACGGAACUCCUAUCGCCGCCAUCAACCUUGUCAACCAACAAGGACGGGAACUUCAGCUUGCUCAGCGCUUUUUGGAGGUAACAAGUUGAGAAAAUUCAUCACUUUCACAGUCGUUAAAAGUUAUAAAGUGAACAUUUUUCGCAGCAAACUUUAACAAAAAUGUUUCUUCUUCCAGCAUGUCAUCAAAUUUAAUCAACCAGAUUUGACUUACGUUUCGUUUGAUUUGCACCAACACUGCCGGGGGCUCAAUUUCACCAAGGUUUUUUUUCCGGAGCAAUUUUCUAAAAAAAAAAUCGAUAAUUCAGCUCAAAAGUUUAGUAGAAUCGUUGGAUGAGAAACUGAAGAAAGUUGGCUUCUGCUGGGUCGAUAAAACAGGUUUGAAAAUAUACUUGAUAUUUUCUGGAUUUGUUUUUUUCAUAGGUCAAAUAGUGCAAAAGCAGAAGGGAACGAUCCGAGUGAACUGCGUCGACUGCUUGGACAGGACCAAUCUUGUUCAGGUUUUCGUUUUGAAGGGUUUAUCUCAAUCGACGUGAUUGGAAAAGCGGUGGUCGCAAUUGAAAUGGCUCGACGUGUUUCGGUUGGAAUUUGUUAUCCAGAUGAAUUGAACUGCUUUUCAUAUAGCCCAUUCCGCGCUAGCUUGUCACCAUUUUUUGGCCAAAAGAACCGUUUACCAAACUAGAUCGAUUUGAUCCCACUUCGAAUCAAGGAUUUUGUUUUUUGCGUCCUUUUUAGCAGUUUUGUAGAGCAAAAGAUUUUAAUCACGGUGGUUUUUUUUUAUCCGCUGUUCUUUUGAAACUUGACCGUCUUGUGCGGAACGUACUAUAUAGUUAUUUUUGAUAAUAGGCUCUCUAAUGAGAAUAAAUAACGAGUAGUUUUUUCAAAGAAGUUUUCGGCUGAACUUGAUCUUCCACAAAGCCUCAAAUUUUUCACUACUCGAUUUUAAUCACAGGCUCUAGAUAUUCAGGCAAUUGGUCAUAAAAGUUUAGUGUUGCCAGUCCAAAUAUAUUUCAAGAUUAUUUUAAUCAUGUUUUUUUCAAAUUGAAGGGAGUCAUAUCGCAGUACGUGUGUCUGCGACAAGCCCAACGUCUCGGAAUUUUCGGGCCUCUGAGCGAUCCUCCAGAAUCUCUCAUCAAAAUCGUGCAGGCUCUUUGGGCCGACAACGGAGAUGCUAUUUCGACUCAAGUUUUUUUUUUCUGCGGGGGGACGUAUAUUGCAACCUAAUAAAAAAAAAACCUAAAAAAAAGAUAAAAGUGCACAACAUCCGACAGUGUGAAUUUUAUGCUAUACGUCGCGCGAAAAGAAAGUGCCCAGGCGUUUGUGAACAUUUUCAAACUUCUAUGUUGGGUGUUUCGCCAAUAUUAAUGAACCCUUGGCAUAGAAUGUCAGACCUACCCAGCGAAGAACCUUUUUUCCCGAGAAACAGUUUGAAGAAAAGUAUUCCUCGAAACCAUCACCUUUUACAGUACGCCGGCACGGCCGCACUCAAAGGUGACGUCACCAGGAGCGGAGAACGCAAAUUUGCGGGAAUGGUCAAGGACGGCUACAACAGUGCGUCACGGUACUACUUGAACAUCGCCCGAGAUGCCGCUCGACAGAGGGCGAUCAACGCCGUCACCCGUCAGACGGAUUCUGGUGAGAAGCCCAGAAGGACAGGAUGACGUCGUCUUGCAGUACCACAAACUAGCGAACCUUCUUCGGACAGCGAAGAGGAGGAGAAUCUGGCUCGCCUCGUUUCAGAAACCGUUCAGUUCCUGGUCCCGCAGCAGAACAUCGUCGUCGGUGAGUCUAAGCCGUCUCCUUCUCAAAUGGAAAACCAUUCAGCCGGCUGGGGACUCGUCAACGCUUGCAACGAAGGAGAUGACGUCGACACUGUCGUCACGCUGACAAAGUUUCUUUGUAAUUCGUUGGAAAUAAUACGGCUUCUGGCUCAGAAACAAGCUCUAUGUGACGACGUACGAACUCGACAGCGAAACCAUGUCCGACGUGCAGAUUAUGAGUCUCGAGGACAUUGUCAGCAUCGAGGUUUCCAAGAGUCACAAUAUCCUCAACUCGCUGUUUCAGGUCGGCAGAGCCUCAUCGAAGCCUUGCGUCCGUCUGAAGUCCACCACGGAGACGUUCAUCUGGAGGCCUUCGAAGAUUCGGCUGUUCAACAACGUCGCUCUGCGGCUUAAAAGUGACGAGGACACCAGCGAGUACAUUUCCUCCGUUGCUGAACAGGUUAUUUUUUUUUCUAUUAUUUGUUCUCUUCUCAAGGUUUUCUUUAGAUAAACGUCGCUAAAAACAUGCAUACAGGUUUCGACGAGUCGGUCAAUUAUUUAACAGUCCCUAUAUCGUUACCAAAGAAGUGAGUAUUUCCCAUUUCUAAAUUCAAUAAAAAAAAAAAAUUUUUGAAGAAGAUAUUCUGCCUUGGGUUCAAUGCUCACUAGGAUGACUGGAAAACUAUCCUCAGGUGAUAUAAUCAUGAAAGUACCGUUUGAAAUUCGAAUUAUUUUCAGACAAAACACUGCGAGCAUCUGCCUCGCAACCGACAAACAUCGGUGAAGUGAAAGAGGUCGAAGUCUCUGGCAGCGCCAACAAGGUACUGAGGAAAAGUCCGCGAAAAAAAAAAUUCAAUACGAUUCAGGCGGAUGAUUUCAUGAAAAAACUACUCAACCGGAAGAACGAAGAACCGGUUGACCCGUUCGCCCAACUCCGGUCAUCUAUCCCAAACUCUCAAUCAGUCAUAAUGCUUUUGUGA